AUUCUUUCGCCUCAUAACUUUCCCCGUCGUUGAACCAUCGCUCGGUCGAUCGAUAUGUCUCCUCAAGGAAGCAUGAGGACAUGCAGGAUAUUGGAGUCGUCUCGACCUUCUAUGGGCAAUUUCUUGUCGCUGACAGCUCGCGGCGAAGAAUAACGACGGUAUAGACGACUUUUCGUUCUGGCCAAAGGCAAUCGCAGUUUCGUGCAAUUUCUUUUUCUCGUUCCUUCCCCCAUUUCUCUUUCUCUCGAAAUCUAAUCUAACAAUCACACUAUAUAUCGCUCAUCGAGGACGAUAAAUUCAGGCCUAAUAAUGUCGUCACGAUCGAUCGAUUGGAGAUAUAAAUAGCGCGCUAGUCGGUGUAACAUUUUUUUUUGCAUUUCUCUUCUCGCGGAAACCACUGUGUUACUGUGAACAUCACAAUAACCAUUCGACGACGCGCAGUCUAUGAAUCAUCUGUCUCAAUGAUGACCGCACCUCGUUUCGCUUUUCCUUGUCGUCAUCAUUAUCAUCAUUAUCAUCGCAAAGAGAUUUUCGCGAAUGUAAUCGUAAUUAACGCGAUCGCGUCGCGUCACUCGCUCUUUCGCCUUGACGUUUGCGACAACGGAAGCAGGUCUUCCAAGACCUUCAAACCAAAGAAAAAUAUUCCAGAAGGUACUCAUCAAUAUGACCUGAUGAAACAUGCAGCUGCCACACUUGGUUCUGGAAACUUGCGGCUCGCGGUUAUGCUGCCCGAAGGAGAGGAUCUGAACGAAUGGGUGGCUGUUAAUACUGUCGAUUUCUUCAAUCAAAUUAAUAUGCUGUACGGUACCAUUACGGAAUUUUGUACAGAGGAGAGCUGUCCCAUCAUGUCGGCUGGUCCAAAAUACGAGUAUCACUGGGCUGAUGGUCAUACGGUGAAGAAGCCGAUCAAGUGUUCGGCACCUAAAUAUAUAGAUUAUCUGAUGACCUGGGUGCAGGAUCAGUUGGAUGACGAGACACUGUUUCCAUCGAAAAUCGGAGUUCCUUUCCCCAAAAAUUUCCUGUCGAUUGCAAAGACCAUUCUGAAACGGUUAUUCAGAGUAUAUGCCCACAUCUAUCAUCAGCACUUCACCGAGGUUGUGCAACUUGGAGAGGAGGCGCACUUGAACACGUCAUUCAAGCAUUUUAUAUUCUUCGUUCAGGAGUUUAAUCUCAUCGAAAGAAGGGAACUGGCACCGCUACAGGAAUUAAUAGAGAAACUGACGGCGAAAGACGCGCGAUGAGAUCCACCUCUUCCGAGCCACUCGCCGUCCCGAAAUUUCUCCAAAGAAUCUCAACCAUGUUGUCUUCGCUAACUUCGCACCGUGUAAUCGCAUUAUUUAACCGACCCAUUAAUCGCUACCACAGCAAUCUGUCUCGAUAUAGGAAAACGGCAGCGAAGCGCAUUGGCUGCCCGCCUCGUUUCGGGAACAGGCGACUGAUAUCGGGCGACCGCUUUCGUAACCUCAUUUUGUUGGCGCGUAUUAAUGUAUUCUAUAUAAUUAGGACGCACAUACACACAGCCAUCGAAAACUGACCACCGAAUCAUGGUGAACGAGGAUAACGGUGGUGAUACUCUUCGUGAAACAACGUGUCUGACUUUGUAGCAUUUGCUCGUUUUUGCUCGGUCGCGCUCCCAAGAAUGUAUCUUAAGCGGUCCAAGCACGUUCCGUAAUUUAUUGUGUCUGUUAGUACCGUUAGAUGCAAUAGAGGAAGAAAUAGAGCGGGAUAAAUGAAAAUCGAGUCGCUCGAGUGCGCGUCUCAGUACAAAGUAUCGGUGCACGUGGAAAAAGAAUGUUUCAUAGAGAUAGCGUUCCUUGUUCUUUUGCGCGCGAGUAAACGAAAUCAUGCGUGAGAUGCUCGGUUUCAUAGUUUCGUUAUUAUUACUAUCGCUAUUAUUAGAUGUAAAAAAAAAUAUGUCGCUAUUAUAUAUAGAGAGCACUGUCGUUUCAUACGAUAUAUCGUGGACGACGUUUGGUUAUGAUUUUACGUCUAGGAAUAGUUUUAAAACGAUGCUUUCCUAUUGUUUCGGAUUAGCGAAUCGUAUUUUUUAUCGAACAAGAGCAGUAAUUGUUGAUUAUACAGAACCGUUAAAAGAAUAGAGUUGACGCAAGCUAUUGCAUUACCUUAAAGUAUCGUCCUUUAGCCACUUGUAGACUUAUUUAUACGACUAGCAUUUUUGUGAGUGUUUUGUCCCUUUGUAGAGAGAGAGAAAGAAAAAUCGUCCUCGCUUCGAACCCCGGUUACGUCGUCUUACUGCAACACACUUCAGCGUUUCUUGUACUAUUUAUAAAUUACGAAGAAAAAACGUCAGGGCAAGCUGUGCGUUUCGUAAAACACUAAUUAGUCGUGAUAUUUAUCUUUGGUGCCUAGUGUUUCAUCAUAACGAAACUAUUUCAUCUAGUACUGAUCAAAGAAAGAUUCCUAUUCAAUCGUACAUAAAGUUUACAUUCGUGUUAUUUGACUUCUCAUGAUGUUUUAUAACCGGUACUUGAUUAAAAGUAUUUGCGACUCCGUUUUUUAGGCGUUGUAAAACUGCACAAAUUACAUAUACCAUUAAUCAAUUAAUCGACAUCGCCGAUUUUUCAACAAGACGACUUGUUCGUCGCGAAUGUGUGAAGUAACUAAAGCACAUAUCAGAUUAAGUAAUAGAAAUUGAGGAUUACUGAUUAAAGAUCAGAAUACGACAAAUCAAUUGAUUCCUGUCAAUGUCCAAUUUGACUUCCAAGCUAAUGUCACAUCCUUUGGUUUGUUUUCAAAUUUUGGAGUGAAUAUUUCAGCUCACUUCAAGUAACGAAACAAAUUUAAUUCCAAUUUUUAUUCUGUUCCGAUCGAGUUUCAAUCUUUAAUCAUCAAUCCCCAAUAUCUUCAAAACCUUUAUCUGAUGUAAGAAGUCAAAGAUCGUUCUAACAUCAUCCGCCUUGCGGCGGAUUACUCGUUGAUGCGCAUAUGUACGAUAACAAAGUCAUUAGAAAAGCUAAAAGUUUUGAAAGUCUUUGAAAAGGAAACGAUAUUUUUUUCAUUGCAGUAAACGUGAAGAGUUCGAUCACGCGAACUCCGUAUACCAAUAAGACGUGCGUGCGUGCGUGCGUGCGUGCGUGUGUGCGUGCAUAUGUGUGUGUGUGGGUAUGUAUUUUAUUAUAACAAUACGAUGAAGGUAAUAAUUAACGACGGCGACGUAAAAAGAUGAUAAUAUUGGUAUCCUAUUCACCGGGAAAGAGGUGGUGCAUUUAUACACUGAAUAGAGACACAAGUCGUAGUGGCAACAACACAACUAUAAUGAUAAUGAUGAUACUAAUAUUGUACUCAGUACUUAAGAAAAAAGGCAAUAUUAAAAACGAAUAGAAGCUCCUGCGUUCUUUUCAAAGAUACUAACAACAGUCCCUGAUCGCGACGAGUGACUGUCGUUCAUCACUGCUUGUCAUUCUCGACUACUGUUAUGAGUAAUUAUUUUUGAUCCCAUAUAUACUCACAAUUCAACGAUGUCGUGACGCUAAUUCACGUAUUAUUGCUGUACUCACUUGUGAUGUUUAGAUGCUUCUCCUUAGCUGUCUCUUAUUUCCUGAUACAACGUCUAUUUUCCCUUUUUUCUCGAGCGACUUUCCGCAGCGCGUGUGCUUCGAAAUACUGUAUGUGUGUGUAUAUGUGUGUGUACGCGCGCGCGCGUAUACGUUGUAUGUCCAACACGGUCGUACGAACGCGAUCACACGGCGAUUAAAAUUUCAGCGAUUUGUUUCAGAAUCAUACUGAAAUCGUUAGAUUUUCUUAACAAAAGAUUCGAAGAAUCAACUUUUCGAUGAAGAACCGAAAACUCACGAGAAUAAAUUCUCGAGUAUUCGUUAAUUCCGUAUCUUUUUUUACAGACCUUUUUCUGAUACAAAUAAUGUGAAAAAGAAACAAGAAAGUAUUUUCGAUCUUAAAUGUUCUCUUUCUUUUUUUAGCAUCUCGAUGUCUUCUCGACAAGUUUCUGCUCGAAUAAUUAAGUUUAAACGACUGUACAAAGUAAAGGGAGACUGUAGGUUCGUAGAAAUCGAUUCGAUGGACCUGAGCCGACCAAUCGAGUAGCGAAUGUGGUGCGAGAUAACGACUUGAAGGCGCGUUUGCCUGAGCGAUAGUCGCUCCUUUAUUAUCUCCUAAAUCUUCGUGGUUUACUUUUGUUACGAUCGUGUUGAGAUGAGGUUGUAUUUCUUGUGCGUUCGGGACGGCCUUUCGCGGAGAGUUCUAAGCGAUCAACUGUCCGCUCGUCUGAUAGUAAAGCUAGUGAUAUCUCUGUGCAAUGUAAAUAAUAUUUUUCACAAUUAUUAAUGGGAAACCCGUGCGAGAAUUGCGGUGCGGGACCGCAAACUGAAAUGUUUAUAGUCCUGAAUAUAAUCUUGUAAUCUUUCUGUAAUAAAUAUCGUUUCGAUUGUA